UUCUUAGUUAGAAAUUUGAAACUUAAAUAAACUCACUUGUGGUAGUAGAGGGUGGAUCCUAAUGCUUGCAUAACGUGAUAGGAUUAGAAUGAUCGUUUCAUCUUUUCAGUAAUAGUUAGUCUUCAAGUUAAAAUUUUCUAAUCUCAUAUUCAGACCAAUCCAAAUCGGUAAAGGAUUUAGAAUUUAGGGUCAUCAACCUAAAUUGGUCUAGAUCCAUUUAAAGUUGACUGGUUAAACACCCUUAAAUCUCUAUGCCCUAAACCGGAACCCAGGAGGCUGACCUCCUCCAACUCCAAAAACGGUAACUAAUGCCGCUGGCCUGGUCCCUUGCUAUUUAAUCCAUUCCAUCUCCAUCGCUGCUGCUUCUCUCCAACUUGAAAAGUCCAAGCUAGCUCCUUAAUCAUGCCUUCUCAAUCUCGGACUACCCUUUGGCUGUUUCCGGCUGUCUUCGCCGCCAUGACGGGCUGUUUGCGGGCUUAUCAGUUCAACGUCGGCGGCAGGCAAGGCUGGACUCCCAACCCAUCUGAAAAUUACAACCACUGGGCCGAGAGGAUGAGGUUUCAAGUCAAUGAUACUCUCUUUUUCAAGUACAAGAAAGGGACGGAUUCCGUGCUGGUUGUGAGCAAAGAGGAUUACGAUAACUGCAACUCAGAGAAUCCGAUCGUGAAAAUGGACGGCGGGGAUUCGGUGUUCAAGUAUGACCGCUCGGGUCCCUUCUACUUCAUCACCGGAAACAAAGAGAAUUGCCAGAAAGGCCAGAAGCUGAUCACCGUCGUUUUAGCCGUCCGUUACAAACCCACCCCUCCUCCUUCUCCGGGCUCCCCGACGCCGGCGGUGUCUCCAUCGCCAGCUCCAACAACAUCCCUAUCACCAUCACCGACUCCAUCUCCUGCACCGGCGGUGUCUCCAUCGCCAGCUCCAACAACAUCCCUGUCGCCAUCACCGACUCCAUCUCCUGCACCGGCUGUGUCUCCAUCGCCAGCUCCAACAACAUCCCUGUCACCAUCACCGACUCCAUCUCCUGCACCGGCAGUGUCUCCAUCGCCAGCUCCAACGACAUCCCUGUCACCAUCACCCACUCCAUCUCCGACGCCGGCUGCUCCAACUCCUGCACCAGUGAUUACACCGGCAGCGUCGCCGUCGCCGACUCCAAAUGGCCCCCCUUCGCCACCCUCGUCAUCACCUCCGGCACCGUCGACGCCGGCAAUUCCACCUCCUCCCCCGGCAGAAACGACCACCCCGACUCUGCCGCCGCCUCCCAGUACUACUCCGGCGAACGACAAUACAACAUCGCCGCCUGGUUCAUCGGCCCCGGCAUUCACUACUAAUCCCUCCGUUAUGGCGUUGAUCAUCAUCAUGGCAUCGGUUACAGCAGCGCUCUAGCUUCAACGUAUGAAGAUCGUUCUGGGCUUCAUUUGUAAUCUUGCGGGGAUUCAUUGAUUACGUCUUCUCUCUCACAUUAUUUUUUGGGAUUUGAUUUUUCUCUUUCUUUUUCUUUCUUGAUUUUAUAGAAUUUUGUGAGUUUAAAUAAAUAAAACAAUUACUUUUUGUGUGUAUAA